AUGUGGAAGCCGUCAGAGUAUCGCUACGGCGGCAAGUCGCCGACGGAGAGGACGCACGACUCUGUCAUGCCGCGGCGUCCUCGAGGAGAAGUGGACGAAUGGGCGGCGCUGCAGCGGCUACAGGACGAGGCAGCAGUGAGGGGAGAGCAGGGGUGGAAGGAGCAAAGGAAACAGGAGCAGAAAGACUACAUGGAGUACAUCCAACAGCAGAUGGAGGAGCGGAGGAGGAGUGAGGAGCGCGAAAAGAGGGAGAAGAAAAGGGAGCUCGAGGAUGCGCAGAGAAGCCUGGAGGUCCUGCGGGAGGAGGAGCAGCGAAGCAAGCAGAAGCAGAAGGAGGAGGCAUCGAGGGUUAAGGAGAUGUACGACCGACAGCUGCGAGAUCGGAACCAUGCAGUGCGGCUCAACAGCGAGCUUCAGAAGCUUCAGAAGCGAAAAGCACUUUUAGGGGAGGACUUGACCUCUGCAACUUUCGGAGCGGGCCCGAGGUUCUCGAUGAAGGCGCAGGCAACACCCGGGCCAGGAGCAUACAACGCUGUCGAUCCCUACUCACAGCUUAUCAAGCGCUCGUUCAACAUAACGAUCGAAGGGAGCAUGUUCCUGCAGGACUUGUUGAGAUGGGAGGAGAAGCAGAAGGAUCUUGAGAAGAGGAAGGAGCGAGAGAGAAGCAUGCUCAAGGCCGACUAUCGAGAAACGCUGGCUGAGAGCAUCGAGGAGAGGAAGAGGAGGCAAGAGGAGCAGAAGCUGGUCGAGCAGCGAAGGCAGCUUGAGGUGCUGGAGCAGGAGAAGCAGCAGACCUUGCUCGCUCAGCAGAGGAGCGAGAGGGACAGGCAGCAGCAGAAGGAGAGCUACAGGGAGGAGCUAAGGAUUCAGAUGGAGCAGGACAAGGAGAGGAGGAAGCAUCAGUUCAGGAUGUCAGAAGGAGAGAUGCGACUCAACCAGCGAUCGCUGCAUGUGUACACCGACCAGGCUCACAACGGGGACAGUCUUGACUCGUUUCCUCCCAUCAUGCACGAUUUCGGGUACGAGGAGUCCUUCAGGGCCGUCAGCAACAAGGCAAGACCUCGAGGGAAUUCUUCUUCGAGCGAUCAGAGCAGCGCCAGAUUGAGGUAG